UAUUGGUAGAAUUGAUUCUUCGAGCAUGGGGAAGCUCUGCUCGGUAUCGUUGUGUUCGUCCUCGUCGUUCUCGUCAUUCUCGUCGUCAUCGUCAUUCUCGUCAUUCUCGUCGUCAUCGUCAUCAUCGUCGUCGUCAUCGUCUUCGUUGCUCUCCAGUUCCCAGCCCUCCAUCAUGGCCAUUAGUCGGAUGCACUGCUGCUCUCCUUCUGCAGUAGGCCGAUAUGCGCUGUCGUGCUCUUUGUAUACGGCUUUUUGAAUAGCCGCCACAGCUGGUAUCGCCGAUAGGAGAUCGUAGAGCUCAAAUUCCGCCUCAACAGGUGCCUCCAGUCUUCCUAAUGGAUCCAUCAACGUCCUCGUUACAUUGUAUUUUUGGUGUAGUUUCUCCAAGUUUCCCUCUUCAACCCAUGCUU